UAAUCUUCAGACAUACAUACAUAAACCUAUAUACAUACGUAUGGACAUAGGUUUUUUGAUUUAAUUUUUUCUCGCAGCGCCUCAACAAAUAAUUAAAAACUGCGUAAAUGUUAAUGCUUUGAAAAUCGCGUACCUCGUCGUGUGUGUGCCAUUUAAUCGUAUCAACUUGCUGGAGUCAAGUGAUAAGAAAAAUUGGUGAAGAAAACGUAAACAUAACACAUAUUGUACAUACUACACCGUUAAACGAAAUGGCAGAUUUGGAGGCUGUUCUAGCUGAUGUCAGCUACUUGAUGGCUAUGGAAAAGUCGAAGUGUACACCAGCCGCAAGAGCCAGCAAGAAGUUAAUAUUACCAGAUCCCAGUGUCAGAAGUGUUAUGUAUAAAUACCUGGAAAAGGAAAACGAACUCAGCUUUCACAACAUUUUUAAUCAAAUUAUAGGUUAUUUGUUGUUUAAGGAUUUCUGCGAAAACGACUCCGAAGAACCAAUUCAACAGCUAAAAUUCUAUGAACAGAUAAAAAAUUUUGAAAAAACGGAGUGUUACGAAGAGCGCAAGAAGUUGGCAAGAGAAAUUUAUGACAAUUUCAUAAUGGAGGAAAUGCUGUCACACACUUAUGAAUACUCGAAAGAUGCUGUCGCUAAUGUCCAAAAGUAUUUAUUAAAAAAUGAAGUUCCUGUGAAUUUAUUUGAACCAUAUAUGGAGGAAAUCUUUGGCCAACUUAAAGGCAAACCGUUUAAAAAGUUUUUAGAAAGUGACAAAUUUACGAGAUUUUGCCAAUGGAAGAAUCUGGAGCUCAAUAUACAGUUAUCAAUGAAUGACUUUAGCGUACAUAGAAUAAUAGGACGUGGAGGAUUUGGAGAGGUCUACGGUUGCCGAAAAGCUGAUACAGGAAAAAUGUACGCAAUGAAAUGCUUGGAUAAAAAGCGCAUUAAGAUGAAACAGGGCGAAAUGCUGGCAUUAAAUGAACGCAAUAUGCUGCAAGCAGUUAGCACAGGAAUUGAUUGCCCGUUCAUUGUGUGCAUGACAUAUGCGUUUCAUACCCCGGAUAAAUUGUGUUUUAUAUUGGAUUUAAUGAAUGGCGGAGACUUGCAUUAUCAUCUAUCACAACAUGGAGUUUUCAACGAAGAUGAAAUGAAAUUCUAUGCAGCUGAGGUCAUUUUGGGUUUGGAACAUAUGCAUAAGCGCUGUAUUGUUUAUCGCGAUCUGAAGCCUGCUAACAUUUUGCUUGAUGAAAAUGGACAUAUUCGAAUAUCUGAUUUAGGAUUAGCAUGUGACUAUUCCAGAAAAAAACCCCACGCUUCUGUGGGCACUCAUGGAUAUAUGUCACCUGAAGUAUUAUCGAAGGGAACAUCUUAUGAUUCAUGUGCCGAUUGGUUCAGUUUCGGUUGCAUGCUCUACAAACUACUCAAAGGGCAUUCACCAUUCCGACAGCAUAAGACUAAAGAUAAACAUGAGAUCGACAGAAUGACAUUAACUAUGAAUGUCGAACUUCCAGAUACCUUUUCUGUGGAGCUACGGAACUUAUUGGACAUGCUUCUGCAAAGAGAUGUACCCAAGCGACUUGGCUGCAUGGGAAACGGUGCUGAUGAAGUCAAAAUGCACAAUUUCUUUUCGGGAAUUGAUUGGCAUCAAGUUUAUAUUCAAAAAUAUACUCCACCUUUAGUACCACCUCGUGGCGAGGUCAAUGCCGCCGAUGCCUUUGAUAUUGGAUCUUUUGAUGAGGAAGAUACCAAGGGCAUUAAAUUAAACGACAGUGACCAGGAUCUCUAUAAACAUUUUUCAUUAACAAUCUCCGAAAGGUGGCAGCAAGAAGUAUCUGAAACAGUAUUCGAAACAAUCAACAUGGAAACCGAUAAAAUCGAGCAAAAGAAAAAAUCUAAACAAAAACAGCACUUUGAUGCCGAUGAAAAAGAAUCAGAUUGUAUACUGCAUGGUUAUAUAAAAAAGUUGGGAGGAUCGUUUGCAUCAUUAUGGCAAACUAAAUAUGCUAAGUUGUAUCCAAAUCGCUUGGAACUUUAUUCUGAAAGUGGAAAUAACAAGCCGGAACUUAUAUUCUUGGACCAAGUAGAGGAUAUUUCAUCUGACUUUAUUCAAUACAAAAAUGAGCAAUGCAUUCAAAUACGUGUCAAUGACGGCAGUCGCGAUGGAAGGAUAAUUUUGACAAACUCGGAUGAAAUCGGCUUAAAGGAGUGGUCGUUGUCAUUGAGAUCGGCACACAAAAUGUCACAGGAUCUUUUAGGAUCGAUGGCUAAAAAAGCUGGGAAGAUUUAUGGCAGUGAGAGGGAUGCAAACAAAUCAAUGUACAUUCUUGGAGGGAAUUGUUCAACAAAAUCGUCAAAUGGCUCCAAUUAAAUAUUACAUGUAAUGAAAUUUAUUAUGUCAUAUAAUAGGUUUCCCUGCUCUGAAACUCUCUGAAAAAAAACAAAUAGUUUCAAUCAAUGUGAAAAGAAUCC